GAGACCGCCGUUGUCCGCUACUAUACGGCCUGCGUGCGUACUGCAUAUGUGUGUGCUGUCGUCGUCGCACAGCACCCGCAAUCCGCCGCCGCAAAAGCGUGCGUCUCUCUUAUCCGCGGCGCACAGUAGUCGGUGAAAGGUUUCUGCUUAUCAUCGUAUUAACAUGUCUCCAGCAGCGGCGGUGGCAGCGAUCAGCCGCGCUGAGAGCUGCUGCUGAACGGCAUUGUAGCCACAGUUUUGCGCGGAGAGAUCCCGGCUCGCGCACAAGUUGUGUAUAUUAAUAUAAUCAAGAAUGGCCGCCGCAUUGACAAGAUGUCCCGCGAGAGGACUGAUCAUCGGCAAGGCAUUUUUCCAGCCUCAGCAGCAUUCCAGCCAGAUCAGAUGCCUGACCAAAUCGGCUGACAGGCAAGACAUCAGCGAUAGCUGGUUCAGUAAGUUGCUCGUGAGGAAGAUCGAGCCCACCAAGGAGUCGCAUUCGCGCAUGCUCUCAGAUAAACAAAUCGUCUAUGCUUUACAUACGCAUAACAUCAGGCCCGAUUCUUAUGAUAAAUACUUGGCAAAUUAUUCUGCUAAUGUUCAACAUAUACAUGCUAAACCAGAACUUAAUAUGGAACUUGUUGGCUCUUGGACUGUUGAAGUGGGAGAUAUGGAUCAGGCUCUUCAUUUGUGGCAAUAUAAUGGAGGAUUUCAAGUUAUCGAUAAAGCACAAUCUGAACUAUCGAAAGAUGAUGCUUAUCAAAAACUUCUCAAAGAACGUGGGAAUUACCUGAGAUCAAGGCAUUUGCAAUUCUUGUUGGCAUUUAGUUACUGGCCUCAGAUUAAUCUAAGGACUGGAUCGAAUAAAUAUGAAAUAAGAAGUUAUAGUUUAAAACCUGGUACAAUGAUAGAAUGGGGAAAUAACUGGGCAAGAGCUAUCAACUUCAGACGGAAUAAUGAUGAGGCAUUUGCAGGUUUCUUUUCUCAAAUUGGGCGACUUUACAAUGUUCAUCACAUUUGGUGUUAUAAAGAUUUGCAGUCACGUAAAGAAACUCGUGAAAGUGCAUGGCGAUCACCCGGCUGGGACGAGUGUGUUGCCUACACUGUACCACUAAUCCGUGAAAUGCAUUGUCGCAUCCUCAAUCCAACAUCUUUCUCACCCACCAAAUAAAUAAAUUGAUGUGUACAUUGAAGUUGUGGUUUUAAAUUCCGCACAAAUAUCAAAUACCAUGUAUUUCAGAACAAUGAAUGAACAGAAAGCCAUAUUAUACUUCUUACUAUAUAAUACGUUAUUUAGGAAUGAAAAAAACAUUCUAUACUUCUUUAAUUUUUAUAUCCUGUAAAAUCGUUGAUAUGAAUAGCACGAAAAUAUUGAUUGGAUGUAUGAAGUGUUUCGUAAUAAUUGUAAAAAGUGACUGUAAAGCUACAUAGAUACAUUUUCCUAUCAAGAAUAAUGUAGAUGAAGAUUUUGAAUAUUUAUUUGUUGAUAAUGAUGAUGAAGUUAAAUGCGUCUAAAAAGCAGGCUAAGUGAGAUUUUUAAUGAAGAAACAGUCAAAUUAUCAUGUUGAAUUGUGAUGCUAUGCAGAUUGUAAUUUUUGAUGCUAAGAGAUCAUGUGAAGAAUUUACUCAUACUGUCUAUGUAAGUAAUGCUAAAUUAUAAAGUAUAAAAAAAUGUAAAAUAAAUGCAAGUUACUUGGA